AUGGCAUCAGAGAGCCAAGCCGCUGAGACGCCUUGGUAUGCAGCAUACCCAGAGCCUCGCUCAACGGACCUUAAGCGCAUCACGCGAGAAGAGCUGCUUCGCCGAAUGAAAAAUGGUGAGAAGUCUGGACAAAAGUUCGUGUUGGUUGACGUCCGUCGAACGGACUUUGAGGGUGGCACGAUAGAGGGCGCCAUAAAUCUACCCGCACAUAGCUUGUACGUUACUAUUCCGACGCAUUACGCCAUCUUCAAGGCCGCAGGUAUCAAAGAAGUCAUCUUCUGGUGUGGCUCGUCUAGCGGCAGAGGUCCACGCUCAGCGGGCUGGUUCGCAGACCAUAUCAAAAGCCAAGGAGACUCGGAGAUGCAAAGUGUCGUUCUCGAUGGAGGUAUCAAAGGAUGGGCGCGCGGGGGAGAUGAAUACGUUGCUCGCAUGUGGGAGUACGACGCGACUAAAUGGUAG